GCAAACAACCACUGUGUCAUCUGGGGAUACUACUAACGUCAUCAACAACAUAACCCUCACAACAGCCAUGACCGACUCUGGCAGAGUCUACCACCGCUCAUGCACCGGACCAGCUCUCCAAACCGUCGAACAACACGCUCAAGACCAAGACAUCACCCUCUUCGCAAGCUGUUUUUGCCCAUUCGUACAACGCGUAUGGACUGCCCUUGAAUAUCUCGAGAUUCCUUACAAAGUGAGACAAUCUUGCCGCGAGUCGUACUUGAGUGAAGAGCAGACUGAUCGAGGGUGAU